ACCUCGUCUCCUCUCUUGGCCUUUCUACCAUACCCACACAUACACAUAUUCAUUCAAUACCAUCAUCAUCUUCCUCCCAAUUCACUACAACUCUUAUCAACCCAUCUGCCCACAGUCUCCAACCUCAUAAUCAUCUCCCUCAACCGCCAACCACCAAGCCAACGCGCCCAAGCGACCAGAAAGCAUGGGCAGCAUCCUCCCAGACCACACACCAUCACCCCUCCCAACCUACAAAACACCAUGGAACCCCACCCCCCUGGUCGAAUCCGCCAUCCUCUCCCGCGCCGCAGGAUGUAGAAUCUUCCUCAAGCUCGAAAACAUCCAACCCAGCGGCUCCUUCAAGUCCCGCGCCAUGGGCAACCAGAUCCUCUCCCACCUCCGCAAGCCCGAAAACGCCCACCGUCCCGUCCACUUCUACGCCUCCUCCGGCGGCAACGCCGGUCUCGCCGCCGUCUGCGCAGCCCGCACCCUGGGAUUCCCCUGCACCGUCGUCGUCCCGGUCUCCACGAAGCCACUGAUGGUGCAGAAGCUCCGGGCCGCUGGCGCCGCGGACGUGAUCCAGCACGGGGAGACGUUUUCCGAGGCGGGCCAAUACAUGAAGGAUGUUGUGAUGAACAAUGGCUCCAGCGACGGCGAUGACAAAGAUGGCAAAGAAAGUGAGGAUGUCGUGAAGAUUGCCCUGCAUCCGUUUGAUAAUGAGACGAUCUGGGAGGGAAACAGCACUAUUGUUGAUGAGUUGGUGGAGCAGAUUCCUCCGGCUGAGGGGGAGGAGGAGGAGGCUGUUCACGCUGGACGUGCGUUGCCGGUCGAUGCCAUUGUUUGCAGUGUUGGGGGUGGGGGGUUGUUGAAUGGCUUGGUUAUGGGCAUUGAGAGGCAUCGGUUGGAGAGGUCGAAGCUUGCUUCAUCGUCGUCGUCUUCUUCUUCUUCUUCUUCUUCUUCUUCUUCUUCUUCUUCUUCUUCUUCUUCUUCUUCUUCUUCUUCUUCUUCUUCUUCUUCUGUUACCACGGGAAAGCCCGUCCAUCUGCUUGCGGUGGAAACCCUCGGCACGGAUUCCCUCGCUGCGGCGAUCGAGAAGAAGUCGCUCGUUUCCUUGCCCAAGAUCACUUCUCAGGCUACUUCGUUGGGAGCGAUCCGGGUGUCUGAGCGGACGUUCAACUAUGCUGUGUCUCCGCCGCCCGGGGUCCAGGUGCAUAGUACUGUUCUUUCGGACGCGGAGGCCGCGAAGGGCGUGCUCCGGCUUGUGGAUGAUGAGCGGUUCCUGGUUGAAUUGGCUUGUGGUGUUUGUGUGGAGGCUGCGGUGGGGACUCCGAGCUCGUCGUCGUCAUCAUCUUCUUGUUCGACGACUGGGUCUGUGGCUGUGGGACAGAAGAGGAAGAGGGGCGUUGAGGACGAGAAGGAUGAGGGGUAUGGGGAUGAUCGGUUGUCUGCUGGAGAAAAUUCUCGCUCGCCGUCGCCGUCAUCCCGUGGGGGGCUGCAGUCUAGGCUCAAACAAUUGGUGCCGGACUUGAAUGCUGACAGUCGGGUGGUGAUCAUUGUGUGUGGUGGAAGUAAUGUCACCAUCGAUAUGGCGGCGGAGUGGAGGAAGAUGCUGGCGGAGGGAUGGGAGACGUCCAAUUGACCCAUAUGUUUAAUUUAUGAUGUAUAUCUGGGAGGAGUUUCUUUUUUGUUUGUAUCGGGUUACUAUAUAGCUUAAUGAUGAUCAUGACACAGCGUGCGCGUUGACUAUAAUGGGUGUUAGUUGGUACUAUUGAAGACCUUUCGUG